UGUGACAAGUGCAUGCCAAGUUCCACGCCUGCCUUGCCUAUCCUUUUCAAAAACCCGGUUGGAUUAAUUGGAGGACGCUCUUUCUCUCUAGCUAUCUAGCUAGCUAGCUCUAGUCCCUAUAAAUACAUGCCACCAUAUCCAUGAUCUACUCAUCCAAUUAAUAAUAAUACAACAUGGCCCAACACAAACUUCUCUCUUUCAUUUUCUUUGCAUUUUUGGGUUUGGGCCUAUGCUCGGCCACCAGAGCCCUUCUAAAUGCCCUUGAAGAAGGUGGCGGCGGUGGUGGUGGGGGACAUGGCGCCGGAGGAGGAGGUGGGUAUGCUGGUGGUGCUUCUGGUGGUUACGGAAGUGGUAGUGGGAGUGGAUAUGGAAGUGGAGGCGGUUAUGGUGCUGCUGGAGGAACGCAUGGUAAUGGUGGUGGAGGUGGAGGGAGCGGUGGAGGUGGUGGCGGCGGCUCAGGGUAUGCUGAAGGUGGAGCUCAUGGUGGCGGUUAUGGAGAAGGUAGUGGGUCUGGGUAUGGCUCUGGUGGUGGGCAGGGUGGCAGUGGAGGCGGUGGAGGCGGAGGUGGUGGUGGUGGUGGUGGUGGUGGUGGUGGAGGGGGUAGUGGUAGUGGUGGUGCAGGUGGGUAUGGUGGUGGUAGGGGAUCUGGUGAGGGUAGCGGUAGUGGUGGUGGUGCAGGCGGGUAUGGUGGCGGCAGUGGUGGAGGUGGUGGCUCAGGUGGAGGAGGCGGUUACGGCGGUGCUGGGAGCGGCAGUGGAAGUGGAAGUGGUGAAGGAGGUGGACGUGGUGGAGGUCAUUCCCCUUGAAAUUGCAUCAUUUUCUAAUGAUUUCCAUCAUUCUUAUUAAUUAUAUGUUAUAGGUAUAAGUAUAAUUAAGGUAAAGAAUAAGAUUAAAUUGGGUACGUACUUUUACCAAUUAACAUUUGUGUACUUAAAAAAAUUAUGUAAGCCAUUAUACAUUUUAUAGUACUUCAAUCUACUCAUGUACCAUCCAUGUAUCAAUAUCAUCAUCGCAAUAAUCACAUGAAAAAUAUUUGGUUAA